CCGCCCCCUCCCCCCCUGGCCCUCGCCACCGGUCCAGGGAGGGGACGGCGGGACAGGCGGGACCGGCGGGACCGGCGGGAGGGCGGACCGGGCGGGGAUAUGGCCGCGGCGCCCGGAGGGUCUGCGCCGCCCGCCGGCCCCGGCCCGCGCCUGGGUUUCAGCACCGCGGACAGCGGCGUCGGUAUGAGCGGGCUAAACCCGGGUCCUGCCGUGCCCAUGAAGGACCACGACGCCAUCAAGCUCUUCGUGGGGCAGAUCCCGAGGGGCUUGGACGAGCAGGACCUCAAGCCGCUGUUCGAGGAGUUCGGCCGCAUCUACGAGCUGACGGUGCUGAAGGACCGGCUCACCGGCCUCCACAAAGGCUGUGCCUUCCUCACCUACUGCGCCCGGGACUCUGCUCUCAAGGCCCAGAGUGCACUGCACGAGCAGAAGACCCUGCCAGGGAUGAAUCGUCCCAUCCAAGUGAAGCCGGCUGCCAGUGAGGGCCGAGGAGAGGACCGAAAACUGUUUGUGGGUAUGCUGGGCAAGCAGCAGGGUGAGGAGGACGUCAGACGCCUGUUCCAGCCCUUUGGCCACAUCGAGGAGUGCACCGUCUUGCGGAGCCCCGAUGGCACCAGUAAAGGCUGUGCCUUUGUGAAGUUCGGGAGUCAAGGGGAAGCUCAGGCGGCCAUCCAGAGUCUGCACGGCAGCAGGACCAUGGCGGGCGCCUCGUCCAGCCUCGUGGUCAAGCUGGCGGACACGGACCGCGAGCGCGCGCUGCGGCGGAUGCAGCAGAUGGCGGGCCAGCUGAGUGCUUUGCAGCCGGCGCCGCUGCCGCUGGGGGCCUGCGGAGCCUACACCACCGCUAUCCUGCAGCACCAGGCGGCCCUACUGGCGGCGGCGCAGGGCCCGGGCCUCGGCCCGGUGGCCGCAGUGGCGGCACAGAUGCAGCACGUGGCGGCCUUCAGCCUGGUAGCCGCGCCGCUUUUGCCGGCUGCAGCCAAUUCCCCGCAGGGCGGCGGCCCUAGCACGCUUCCGGGCCUCCCGGCGCCCAUCGGGGUCAAUGGAUUCGGCCCCCUGGCCCCCCAGACCAACGGGCAACCUGGCUCGGACAGUCUCUACAAUAACGGGCUCUCUCCUUACCCAGCCCAGAGUCCCGGCGUGGCUGACCCCCUGCAGCAGGCCUACGCUGGGAUGCACCACUACGCAGCAGCCUAUCCGUCGGCCUAUGCCCCAGUGAGCACAACUUUUCCCCAGCAGCCUUCAGGCCUGCCCCAGCAGCAAAGAGAAGGCCCCGAAGGCUGUAACCUCUUCAUCUAUCACCUGCCUCAGGAGUUUGGUGAUGCAGAACUCAUCCAGACAUUCCUGCCCUUUGGAGCCGUUGUCUCUGCCAAAGUCUUUGUGGAUCGAGCCACCAACCAGAGCAAGUGUUUCGGGUUUGUUAGCUUUGACAAUCCAACCAGUGCCCAGACAGCUAUUCAGGCCAUGAAUGGCUUUCAGAUUGGCAUGAAGAGGCUCAAGGUCCAGCUAAAGAGGCCCAAGGAUGCCAACCGGCCUUACUGAUCUACUCUCACUGACCAGCCACAGAAAGAGUGAGAAGAAAGGAGAAGAAAAGCACAGAAAUGCUUGAGCAGCCCUUCCUGAAGGAGCAGCCACAGAUGGAGGUGGACCCAAGGCCAGUGCCUGGGCUCAGGCCACUUUAAGGAUUGUUUUCACCAAGUGGGUUGUUCUGUGCCUGUGAUGUAGAGCUCAGGCUGGCAAGGCAGCUGGGGCUGGCUGAGGAGUGACUGUCUAGGGGAACCAGCAGAGGGCCUUGGGGGGUGCCAAGGGCUUCUCCACAAGGGAAGCCCAGAUUUACUUCUUUCAAAAUCAUAUCAUUCCUUAGAGUUUAGGGACCAAAGGACU